AUUUACACCGUCGCAUUGAAGCGUCAUGCAACGACGUCACUGAGUGUGACGUCAACCCCACGACCCCGCCCAGUUCUUCCUGGACAGACAGAGAGAGAGAAAUGGAGGAGUACGCACGUGAACCUUGCCCCUGGAGGAUUGUGGAUGACUGCGGAGGAGCCUUCACCAUGGGUGUCAUCGGUGGUGGCAUCUUCCAGGCUGUCAAAGGAUUUAGGAAUUCACCAUCUGGAAUGAACCACAGGUUGCGAGGAAGUGUGACGGCUAUUAAAACACGGGCCCCCAUGCUAGGAGGCAGCUUUGCGGUUUGGGGAGGCUUGUUCUCUAUGAUCGACUGCAGCCUGGUCAAAGUGAGGGGGAAGGAAGACCCCUGGAACUCCAUCACGAGCGGCGCAAUGACCGGAGCCAUCCUGGCAGCCAGAAAUGGCGCCGUGGCAAUGGUGGGAUCGGCAGCGAUGGGAGGCAUUUUGCUGGCAUUGAUCGAAGGAGCUGGAAUUCUCUUAACCAGAUUUGCCUCGGCACAGUUUCCAACUGGUCCGCAGUUUGAAGAACCCGCUCCAAUGCCAGCUCCUUCCUUCGGUGACUACAGACAGUAUCAAUAAAGACAUUGCAACUCAAAUAGGGUUUUUUUUAAUACAUAAAAAAUGUUUAGAAAUUGGAUCAGGAACCCAUUUUGGAUGCCAAGGACCUUAAAAAAAAAAACAAACUGCAUGAAGGAACUUUUCAAAUGCAACCAGAUAUUUUGAUGGCACAAGUUAACGUAGGUUUUGAGCAGAUAAAUGUGUUUCUUUGAGAGAUGUGCUGCUGUCUGUACAGUAUCGGUUUGUUUGACUGGAUUACGUCUCAUUUAAAUUGCUUUGGUGGCAUGAUUUUAUGUGCACUGUCAGCAGGAACACAGUUAAAAACAGAAGAAAGAAAAUAGUCUGGUAUUGUUAUUGAAUUUGUAAUAUAGUGUACAUACAGGCUUCGCAAAAUUGUAUUUAGUAUGUAAACCCCAUAUUUUGCCCUUUCCUUUCUAUUGCUGUAGAGUGACUGUGACAGAUGCAUAAGCCGCUAUAAUUAAUUGAGAAGGGAUGGGAGAGUAAUAUUAUCUGUUUACUUCUAUGAGAAACUUGCCUUGGGUAAUGAAUCAUUUUUUCCCCCCACUGCGUUUGCCAGACCCACGUGACUACACAGUGCCACACUGCUGAAAGAACAUGACGUUAUUUGUAAUGUGUUGGUUAGCAAACUGUAUCAUACAUCUGCUACUGUUCUAGCAAGAAAUCAUAGUUGUUGUUUUUUUUUUUUCCAUUAAACAACAAAACAAA